ACCUCUACUACCUCUACUACUACUACCUCUACUACUAUUACUACUAUUACUACUACUACUACCUCUACUACUACUACAUCUACUACUACCACUACUACCUCUACUACUAUUACUACUACUACUACCUCCACUACUACUACCUCUACUACUACUACCUCCACUACUACUACCUCUACUACCUCUACUACCCCUACUACUACCUCUACUACCUCUACUACUAUUACUACUACUAUUACCUCUACUACCUCUACUACUACUACCACUACUACCUCUACUAUUACCUCUACUACCUCUACUACCCCUACUACUACCUCUACUACCUAUACUACUACUACCACUACUACCUCUACUACUAUUACUACUACUACUACCUCUACUACCUCUACUACCCUUACUACUACCUCCACUACUACUACCUCUACUACCUCUACUACCCCUACUACUACCUCUACUACCUCUACUACCCCUACUACUACCUCUACUACUAUUACUACUACCACUACUACCUCUACUACUACUACUACCUCUACUACUACUACUACAUCUACUACUACUACCUCUACUACCUCUACUACUACUACCUCUACUACUACUACUACAACCUCUACU